UUAUUAUAAAUGUAUGUCCGGCUCUGAGUUGCAACCAAUAAAGAAGGCUCUGUUUUGUUUUCUCUGUUUGAGUUCAACAUGGCCAAUCAAAACCCUCUCCCUCUCUAUGAUAAAUUUUUGUUGAAAUACACAUUUUCAAGAGUGAUGGAUUCCUUCACUUUGCUCUUCCUUCUCUUGCUUCUCGGUUACCGUAUAUUAUAUAUCAACAAUUAUCCCUUCCCUUGGCUUGUUGCAUUUCUUUGUGAGUCAUGGUUCACCUUCAUUUGGGUUGUCACCAUGAGCACCAAAUGGACUCCUGCAUAUACCAUAACCCACCUAGACCGUCUCUUGCUUAGGGAACAUGAACUACCAGCAUUGGACUUGUUUGUGACAACGGCAGAUCCAGGGCUAGAACCACCAAUAAUCACAGUGAAUACAGUGUUGUCAUUGUUGGCACUUGAUUAUCCAGCAAACAAGCUAGCAUGCUAUGUUUCUGAUGAUGGAUGUUCACCUCUUACCUUUUAUGCCCUUGUGGAAGCCUCUAAAUUUGCUAAGCUUUGGGUACCUUUUUGUAAGAAAUACAAUGUGCAAGUUAGAGCACCUUUUAGGUACUUUUGUGAUGAGAAUGCUGUAAGCAACAUAGAAGAGUCGCCAGAAUUUUAUCAAGAAUGGUUAAGAAUGAAGGAGGAAUACGGGUACCUCAAAAGUAAAAUUGAGAAUGCAUCACAAAAUCCACUUCCUCUUGUAGGAGAGUUCGCUAUUUUCUCAAGCACAAAUCAUAAAAAUCAUUCAACCAUAAUCAAGGUGAUAUGGGAGAAUAAGGAAAAUCUUCUAGAUGCUUUGCCUCACAUAAUCUACAUAUCUAGAGAGAAAAAGUUAGAUCAUCCGCAUCAAUACAAGGCUGGUGCUAUGAAUGUGCUAACAAGAGUCUCUGGAAUGAUGACAAAUGCUCCUUUCAUAUUGAACUUAGAUUGUGACAUGCACGUGAACAAUCCUAAGAUUGCUCUACACGCCUUGUGCAUUUUGUUAGAUUCAAAAGGGGAAAAGGAAGUUGCAUUUGUUCAAUGUCCCCAACAAUUCUAUGAUGGUCUAAAAGACGAUCCUUUUGGAAAUCAGCUUGUGGCAUUGUUUGUGUACUUGGGGGGAGGAUUUGGAGGACUUCAAGGGAUGCUAUACGCAGGAACAAAUUGCUUCCAUAGAAGAAAAGUAAUUUAUGGCCUUUCUCCUGAUCAUGACGACAUUCAAAAUAGAAAGAAGGGUGAUGAUGUUGUCAACGAGAUGGAAGUGGUAUUUGGAACUUCAAAGAGAUUUAUUGAAUCAGCUACUCAUGCUUUAGAAGGGAAAACAUUUACUCGUAUUGAUAACCUCUGUAACACUCUUGAGACUGCAAAAAAAGUUGCUAGUUGCACAUAUGAAUACGGCACUGCCUGGGGCAAACAGGUGGGUUGGAUAUAUGGAUCAACGUCAGAGGAUGUACUUACUGGGUUGGACAUUCAUACAAGAGGAUGGAGAUCUGAAAUGUGUUCACCAGAUCCAUUGGCCUUUAUGGGUUGCUCACCUCAAGAUAACAUAGUAAGUAUGAUCCAACAGAAAAGAUGGGCCUCAGGGUUGUUUGAUAUUCUACUCAGCAAGCACAAUCCAUUUUUGGGCUUUCUCUAUGGUAAGCUCCAAUUUAGAGAGGCUCUUGGGUAUUUUUGGAUCUUAAGUUGGGCAUUAAGAUCGGUCCCUGAAAUCUGUUAUGCUGCUCUACCUGCCUAUUGCAUUCUCACUAACUCCAACUUUUUGCCUGAGAAACUAUGGAUACAUGCUGCUUUGUUUGUGACAUACAAUAUAUCUACUAUAUCAGAGAGCUUAAAAACAGGAUUGUCAAUUAGAACAUGGUGGAACAAUCAGAAGAUGAUGAGAAUUACAACAAUGAGUGCUUGGUUUUUCGGAUUUUUAGCCAUUUUACUUAAGUUAUUACGAAUAUCUGAACCUGUCUUUGAAAUAACACAGAAAAUAGACCAAUCAUCUAAUAAUGGUAGGUUUAGUUUCAAUGAGUCUCCAAUAUUUCUACCUAGUACAACAAUAUUGUUUGUUCAACUCACAGCAUUGGCUACUAGCUUAUUUGGAUGGGCCACACGUGUUGGAAGUGGGCUUGGAUAUGGGCCUGGAGAAGUGUUUUGUAGUGCUUACUUGGUUGCAUGUUAUUUGCCAUUUUUUAAAGGGUUGUUUGGGACCGGAAAGCAUGGGAUUCCUUUAUCUAUAAUAUUCAAGUCAGUGAUGUUGGCUUUCCUUUUUGUGUAUUCAUGUAAACUUACCAUUACAUAUUGAUCAUAUUCAAUUAUUUGUCUUGAAUGUAUUCAGUAUUGUACUA